AUGAGGGAUAAUCUACAAACAAUAGAAACUUGUGAACAGGACAAAAACACGGAACAUCGGAAAUUCCAGAGAUGGAAUCAGGUCCCUAGGAAGAGAGAUAAUCUGGCCUACAAGAAACCUACAUGGCAAAGCACAUCUCAUGACAACACUGUUAACUCUACUUUAGCUGUUGAUGGAUUAAAAUCAAUUUGUGAUUACCAUACAAAACAGUGCAGUAUAUCAGCUGGCGGACAAACUUACGCCACGUGGUGGGUGAAUCUUACCAGCAUCAGAAGUAUACACCACAUUGUGAUCUACUACAGGACGGAUGGUUUUGACUGGAAUGAGAAAAAUGAUUAUACGGCUAGAUUUUUGGGAUUCUAUUUUUACGUGUCGAAUACGACAGACAGGAGUAAAGGACACCUUUGUUUUCAUGACAAAAACUACACCAGAGCCACCAUACCAGCUGUUGUAAACAUAAGCUGUCCUGUACAUGGACAGUAUGUAAUUUAUUACAAUGAGCGACUUCCGGGAGCUAAUUAUCCUAGUGGGUAUUUCAAAUUCGCAUUCAGUGAACUCUGUGAAGUUGAAGUUUACGGUGCAUCAAAUGGUUAUACUUCUAGAUUCCUCGGGUUUUAUAUCUACAUUUCUAAUACAACUGUGAAACGUGAGGAAGACUUAUGUUUCCAUGACACAAACUAUACAAGAAGUACCAUACCUGCUGUUCUGAACAUAAGCUGUCCCUUUCUUGGACAAUAUAUCAUCUACUAUAACAAGAGACUUCCAGGUGUUAAAUACCCCACAGGUUAUUCAAGGAAUGCGUUUAAUGAUCUAUGUGAAGUCGAGAAUGUGACGGUGGAUUUUAUGGUACAGAUUGCUCUUUACCUUGUGGAUAUUGUUUGGAUCCAAUUCAAUGUCAGCCGAUAA